UUAUUACUAGACAGCACUCUUAUCGAAAUAAUUAGACAGGGAUAAAAAAACCACUUCUCAAAUGUAGAAAAGGGAUAGCAAUUGUUUACAUCUGUGUUGAAAGGAAAGAGUGUUAUUUAUGUGCUUAUACAUAGCAAUGUCUUUAUAUUGGUCGGGUAAUAAUAUACGAUAGCACAGGCGUUCCCACAUCAAAAAUCAUUUUAUCGCAUCGAGUGUAUAUGAGAAUGUCAAAAUGGACAUCGGAGAUUGUGUUUAUGCAGUGUUUUUGUGUCGAUCUAAUUACUUUAAACUAAAACAAAUCGGUUAAGUGAGUUUUUAACAAUGUUGCAUAAUACAGGACAGUUUGGAAGCGAUGUUCCAAUGAACGUAAAUCCUCAAACAAACAUGACAUCGAUGAACGAUAGAAUGAACAUUGAUAAUAACAUAAAUAAUUUGGGUAAAAUAGCCCAUCCUCAACCUCAGCCGUCUUCACACUUCAAUUUACCGGAUUACGGUACUUACGGCUUAAAUAUGAAUACAAAUUUGAGUCACUUUCAAAAUUUUCACCCGAUUGGCUUUCAACCGAGUAACAUAGCCCCUAAUCCGAUGCACGACAGUUGGCAGACGAGCAUGUUGCCAAUGAAUCUGAACAUGCACAGUGAUCAGCAUAGCAUGCUCGGCUAUCAAUACGGUAAGCCGGAUCCUUACACCGAAAACAAAGAGCACAGUGUUAAUAAGACGUUGAACAUACCGCAAGUCCAAACGAAGGCCUUUCACAAGCAAAUGGGCAUGGAUGCCCACAACUAUCAGUGUUACAAACCUAAUUUUAGACAAUACACAGAUUAUAGUUUACAUAUGAACGCUAAAUCAAAACCGGACUUACAUAAACAGAUGGGUGGUUAUUCUCACUUAGAUAAAGAGAGACUCGUAUCUCCGCGGCCGACGUACUACGAACAAAAUAUAGACUUAAGCAACAAACCUCAGAAAAUGUUGAAUAUCUUUUCAAGUCCAUAUCAAAGCCCUGAAAUAAAUGUACCGUUGAAUAAUCAUGAAAAUGGAGGCAACCAAGAUAACCUUGAUUUGAGUGCAAAAUUACAGAAAUAUACACCUGUCGUACAGAAACCUUUAAACACAUACGAAGAACCGGUGUUAAGACAAGAUGUUAUCCCUCAAAAGACAGGUGAGCCUAGUUUCUCGGAAAAUCUCAAUAUUACCAAACCCCAAAACCUUGAAACCAAUUUGACUCCAAAUUAUCCCUACAUUAGUUCAGAUUUAGGCAAAGGGUUUUUGAAAGACCAAGAUUCAAGAAGACGUAGCUUGGAGAAUACCGUAAAGAUGAUAGAAAAUAUUUUGUCACAUUCGUCAAAUUCAAGGAAAAGCGAUUACAUUAGUCAGGAUAGCCCUUCAGACGAUCGAGACUUAACAGAUAAGACUAAAUCAAACUUAAGAGAAUCGGAAGCAUUGGUUUCAAACAGUAGUCAAGCAUUGAACAGUCAAUCAAAUUCACCGUCACCAUCGAAUUACUCUGACGAUGAAUCAAGUCAAGAGAGUACAAAUGUAAGUAACGAUAAAAUGGACACUGAAGACGAAAAUAUCACUAAAACUGAUCCAAAUGCGGAAUCUGCUAAUACUGAUAACAGCAAUAAUGAAAACAACAAAGCGAAAACUGGUAAAGAUAGUCAGAGUGCCAGCGAAGAGGAAUCAUCUGAUAGUGAAGAUGUUAAACCUCCUUUAAUGACGGACAAUAAUGCGUCGACAGAACAUGAAAUUAUUAUAGAUAACUCUGUCAUAAUAAAAGUUGAAGUUGUACCGAGUAUUGUCGACAUGGAACAUUUGAAUCCGUUUCACCGAGACAUAUUCGGUAUACAGAAUGAAGAUGUAGCGAAUAAUGAUAUAAUAGAUUCUGAAAGUAGUAUUAACGUCGCAAAAGAAGUUAUAAGGAACGGUGCAUCUGUAAAAGGCGCAUUCUUCGAAUGUCCCCACUGCAACUUGUACUUCAAUCAUCCGAAGCGAUUCCUAAUCCACACGAAGUGGCACUCCUUCGGCCUGACCAACGAGAAGAGACUGGAACUUCAGAAGGAGAAGGAGAUGAGACGGAACAUGAGGAAGGAGGCGAGAGUGGUCGAGCGAAUGAAUCAGAGCGAGGUGACCGAUGUAAAUACUCCGGGACGGAAGUUCAGCUGUAAGGACUGUGAUAAAGUGUUCAACGCAAAGGCCAGUUUGAAGAAUCAUAAACAAAGGUAUCACCCAACUCGGUCUCGAGACUGUAAGAUCUGCGGGAAGACCCUCACGGGCUGGAUGGCGCUGCGGGCUCACCUCGCGACCCACACCAGCGACUCGGGCUACCAGUGCAGCGACUGCCCCAAGAGAUUCAAACAUCCACACUCGUUGGCCAAGCAUAGAGAUACACACUUAGAGAAGACGCACGGCUGCGCGCAGUGCCCCAAGAAGUUCGGCUCGCGCGCGCUGCUCAACGUGCACAUGAAGACACACGAGCGCGUGCUGCGCGGCGCCACGUUCCGCUGCACGUACUGCGGGAAGGGCUUCUUCGAGGCCUACAGCCUGCAGGUCCAUGAGCGCACCCAUCGGAACGAGAGGCCGUUCCUCUGUGAGAUAUGCAACACCAGCUUCGGCACCAACUCCAGUCUGAAGAGGCAUUUGAAAGUUUCACACAGCACAUCGAAGCCAUUCGAAUGUUCGACGUGCCACCGCUCCUUCAUAUCGGAGGCCAUCCGCGACCGCCACUCGCUGAGGAACCACGGGAACCCGGAGGACUUCAAGUUCCUCUGCAAGCAGUGCCCGUGCAAAUACCUGAAGCUGAAGGAUCUGCGGAAGCACAUGUACAAGGUUCACCCCAAGGGCAAGAGGAAGAAAAAAGUUCAAUCGGACAGCGAGUGAACUGUACACUGUCCGUUUUAUUAUUAUUUAUAUUAAUUUCGAAUGCAAACGUAUAUAUUGAAAAUCGAUAUUGUUUUGUUUCAACAAAUUUUAUUAAAUAGGGUUGUCCGGAGAGUUCGGUCUGAUUUAGUGAUCUGAUCGUCUCAUGAGAUACUCACCGCUCACUGGCCGCAGGAGUCACGUUAAAUAAACUACUUUGACCUUGA